AAUGAAUGUUAGUAGUGCGCACUUAAAAAAUAUUAUUAAAUUAUCGCAACGGGACAUCAGGAGUUGUUCUUUGCUUUUCGCUAGUUUCCUGUAGAUACACUCGAAUGGCCUGAAUCAUAUCAAGAGUCAAUAGUCGUGUAGUGACAAUAGAUAACCAGCCUCAGCAGCUCUCGAUAGCAAAAUUUGUGUCAUCGACAAAUCCCAAAGAAGCAAGAAUUGUGCAGACUAACUAUUUGGUCGGACAAGAAUCGUUGGCUCUCGUCGCCACUAAAUCUUCGGUUUUGGUUUUUGAGUUUUGGUUUUCGUUGGUGGUAGCAUUCGACAUCGCCCCGACGGAUUACAUCCGGGAGCCCAUCGAGCCAUUGAUUCGUCGUCCUCCGUAGCGGAAGAGUGCAGCUUCUAUUAACUUCCAGUAGCCGAAGUCAACAUCCAUCACAGCUACCAAUCAACAAUGGCGUCCAGUCCGCGAGCGGGAGGCGGUGCCCAGCGUCCGAAUGGCGCCACACAAAAUAAGAUCUGUCAGUUCAAGCUGGUUCUACUGGGAGAGUCGGCCGUCGGGAAAUCGUCGCUAGUGUUACGUUUCGUCAAAGGACAGUUUCACGAAUACCAGGAGAGUACAAUCGGUGCGGCUUUCCUCACGCAGACAGUAUGCAUCGAUGAUACGACGGUUAAGUUCGAGAUCUGGGACACUGCCGGACAGGAAAGGUACCACAGUCUCGCUCCAAUGUACUACCGCGGUGCUCAGGCUGCUAUUGUUGUCUAUGAUAUUCAGAAUCAGGAUAGUUUUGCACGUGCCAAGACGUGGGUAAAAGAGCUGCAACGACAGGCAUCGCCGAAUAUUGUGAUUGCGCUGGCCGGCAACAAAGCCGAUCUCGCCAAUAGUCGUGUUGUCGACUACGAGGAGGCUAAGCAAUAUGCGGACGAGAAUGGACUACUGUUUAUGGAGACCUCGGCUAAAACAGCCGUUAACGUUAACGAUAUCUUUCUCGCAAUAGCUAAAAAAUUGCCUAAGAACGAAGGCACUGGACCUCAACAAAACAUAAGACCUACCCAGAAUGAACAGAGCCGACAGAAUAGUGGCUGCUGCGGCAAGUGAUGUUAUUCAGUUGCAAACGUAUUGUUAAUUGUAACAAAUAACAACAAGGAAUGUUUAAGAAAAAAUAUCGUUACGAUGAUAGUAGGAAGUAAAAUCGAUUCCAAACUAGUUAUGAUAUAAACCAAGAACAACAGUACAUCAAGUGAAAAGAAGAAUGAAAUUUAAACGAAAUAUUUCAGACGAUCCUCACAGACACACACAGACACAUACACACAUAAAUACAUACAUUUUUUAGAAACGGCAAAGUAAGAAGACAAAAAAAAUAGCAAUUAAUUGGAACCAUUGUCGUCUGAAGCUGUUAUUAUGAAGCAGAAGAAAAAAAUAUAUACACAUUUCGAACACCUAACCCGUCAAAAUAAAUACGCUACAAACCCCGAACACAUAUUCAAAUUACUUCAGCAGUAAGGAAUGGAACACUUUCACAUGGAAGUCCAUUUGUUGACGAUCUAAACAAAGUGAAGUUGAAAAUACUAACUCUAUCCACUACAAUUUAACAACAAAAAGAAAUAAAAUGCAAAACAAUUCCCUAAAUAGGCCGACCAGCAAACACACGAACCCAGAAUAAACAUUAUAAAAUCAGUAGUAGGUUAUUUGUAUGAAACCCAGCACUCGUUUCCCAAUUGUUUAUCUCUACCUAACUUAACUCAACCCUCCAUUUAGUUCAUGUUAUUGUUUUUCCGGAAAUCUAUCCAGAUGCCUCUGUUUCAUACUAACAUAAAGAAAUCUUUGUGGAAUAUAUUUAUUGCUAAACUAAAACCAGAAUAUAUGAAAUUAUAUUUAAUGAAGUUUAAUCAAUAUCCGUAAUAGAGCUACCAAGGAGUGGGAAAAGUUGUACAACAAAUACACCAACCACACUGGCGGUAAGAUUAUAAAUCAAACACGUGAAAAAAAACAGACACACACACUACAAUUUAUGAUGAUGCAUGUAGAUCGAGUUAUCGGAAAAGGAACUUUCCCUUGUUACGAUUGUUUAUUUUUUCUCCCGUAGAACAUUUUAUUUUAUGAGUAAUUGUACGAUAAUCUACUAGAAAAAGAGGAUAAGAAAUGUAUAAAACUAUUGAAGUAAUGCAAGCAUAGUGGUAAAUUACAACAUUAACACAGCAGCGGUUUAGAGCCCGGCAACAGAGGACAUGUGCUACUUUUGUUUUCUGCUCGCCCGUUCGGUGUGAAACGGAAAUAAAAUUUAUCAAAUAUAUGUUGUUCUUCACGCAUUUACGCAUUCGAAACGGAUGGUUCAACAAUCAAAUGCUAUAUUGAAACUAUUUUUUGUCUAAUCGGAAUCGAACAAAACUCGGUAACUAUUUCAUUAUGAAAAAUAAACCAGCGAAGUUAAUCGACAUCAACCGGUGUGAUGGGCAAGUAUAAACGAGUUGACGGUAAAUUGUUCUAGACGUUUUGAUUUUGUAAUUGGCGCUAGACAGAGAAAGGUGAUCAAAUUUUUAAUGUUAACAGUUUAUUUUUUUAUACAUUUUGGAAUACUGUCGCCAGACACAGCAAACUAUUCAAAGAUUGAAGAAAUGAUGAAGAUCAGUACAGAAGCUAGCUAAACCUACCCUGUGCAGUAGUAGUAGACGUUAGCGUAAAUGCGCAUGAUCUACUUCAAUAAUAAUAAUAAUGCAAAGUUAGAAAUAACUGACAUUCCUUUUUUAAACGAAUUGAAAUUAGAGGAAACCCGUGGAAACUAACAACUCAAUAACAGCCGGCGAAAAUAUGCAAAAAACACUUUGAAUGAGAUUGAGAACGCUAUAAAAUACGGAGAUGAUGUCAAUAAAGAAAAUUUGAAAGAGGCAUAUGAAAAUUGUAAAUCCAA